ACGCUUCCAUUCAUUCCAUUAAUGGAGUCAAAAAUCCGCCACCAGUAGCCGUCCCCAUUGACCUCUCCCUCUCUAGACCUUUCCUUUUAGAGAGAGAAACAAAACUUAGAGAGAGAGAGAGAGAGAGAGAGAGAGAGAGAGAGAGAGAGAUGCAUGUGGUACACCCUCCCAAGACUCCGGAUUCCGCCGGCGAUGAUGAUCAAGCGCAGGAACUUCUCCGGACAUACCAGACUUGGAAAGGAAGCAACAUAUUUUUUCUUGGUGGAAGAUUUAUAUUUGGACCCGAUGUCAGAUCUGUUUUCCUAUCCAUAUUCCUAAUUGUUGUCCCUGUUUCAGUCUUCUGUGCAUUCGUUGCCAGAAAGCUGAUUAAUGAUUUUCCUCAUCAUCUAGGAGUGUUGAUUAUGGUCAUUGUAAUCUUGUUCACAUUCUAUGUAAUAAUCUUGCUUCUAAUGACAUCUGGAAGGGACCCGGGUAUAAUCCCCCGUAACACACACCCGCCACAACCCGAAACAACCGAUCAGAGUCCAGAAGUUGGUCCAGGUCAAACUCCACAGUUACGUUUACCUCGGAUCAAAGAAGUAACAGUCAACGGGAUGAUAGUAAAAGUCAAAUACUGCGAUACUUGUAUGUUGUAUCGACCCCCACGUUGUUCUCAUUGCUCAAUAUGUGAUAACUGUGUGGAAAGAUUUGAUCAUCAUUGCCCGUGGGUCGGACAGUGUAUUGGACGGCGAAACUACCGGUUUUUCUUUAUGUUUGUAUCUUCGUCGACUUUACUUUGCAUUUAUGUGUUUGGAUUUUGUUGGGUGUAUGCGAUAAAGAUCAUGCACAGUGAGGACGUAUCAAUUUGGAGGGCAUUAAUCAAAACUCCCGCAUCAAUCGUGCUAAUAAUCUACACUUUUUUAGCAGUUUGGUUUGUGGGUGGCCUCACCAUCUUCCAUUCAUAUCUCAUCGGUACAAACCAGUCGACAUAUGAGAACUUCCGAUACCGAUACGAUCGGAGCGAAAAUCCAUACAACAAGGGUAUUUUUGGAAACUUCAAGGAGGUUUUCUGGGACACCAUUCCUGCAUCAAAGAACAACUUCAGGGCAUUUGUGAAGAAAGAGCUCGAAUUUCCAACUAGAGUCACCGGAGGUAAUUAUAUAAAUUCAGAUGUUGAGAAAAGUCCAAUCGAUAUUGAAAUGGGUGACAGAAAGCCAAUUUGGAAGAACGGGCCAGCAACCGGAGACAUUGGCGGCACUUAUGGCGGUGGUGGCGGUGAUUUGCAGCCUCAUCCACGGCAGUCUAGCUGGGGAAGGAGGAGCGGAAGCUGGGACCUACAAAAUGAGAUGGGUUCAAUUGCAUCAGGAAUUGGGUAUUCAGAUCGAGUGAGUGGUCGUAGUAGUGACAGCUUAGGUGGCAGUCGGGACGUGGUAGUCAAAUGACAGCUCAGCUUUGACUGUAAGAAUACAUUGAGUGAAUUUGGUUGUACCCUUUAAAUUGGGGUAUAGUUAUAGACUUAUAGUGGAGGCCUUGCGUUGUGUAUAUUUUCUCUGACGAGUAUUAUUUAUGAGAAUCAUCAAAACUUAUGAUUGGGUU